AUGCAGCAAGAGCAGAGCGACAACGCCAAGUUCUUUGGUCAGCAUCUGCCGCUCGACUACUGGUCGACUCUCAACGCCCACUCGCCACUCACCGUUCAAACACAAUUCUCGGCGUUACAAAACAACCUGCAGACCAUUCAGCAGCAGCAAGAAGCCGACCUUCCUGCUCUGCGCACCUAUUUCAACGAUGAGCUCUCACCACUCGGUGGAUCGACGCAUGGCGACGGCAACCUAUUGCAUGCGCCACCUUGUAGGCCUUACUCGAAGAUUGCCUCACCUACAGGCACACGCGCCUGCUCUUCAUUGCUCUCGGAACUCCUCAAGCCAGCAGCGACGCCACCCAUGCAUGAAGGUGUUGCUUCACCGUCAUCGACAAUCGGGACACAUGGCGACUUGGUCUCUGAUCAUGGUAGCUUAUCCACACACUCAACUCCACCUAUGCAAGCGUCACCACCGCCAGUCAAGCGCAAGACGUGUAUCUCUUUUGCAUGUGCCCCUAUGCCUGAUAAACACCCCACCACAACGUCAGGUACAACAAGUCAUGCAGGGAGUGCCGUAGGGUCUGCGAAUCGAUCGCGUGCGUGUUCAAUUGCAACAGACAAGUCUGCAGCCGAGGAAGCUGUCGUCCUCCCAAAACGCACAAUCACAUUUGCUUGUGGUGCUCAACGGACGUCACCGGAGAAGGCGGUGCAGCCUGCUGUACCUGUGCGUGCUGGUUCACCUUCACAAAUUGAUACGUCUUGUGAAGCGACACCGGUCCCGAAACGUACGAUUUCCUUUGCUGCCGCUGCACCGAGCACGGCGACACUCCCACCCACAACGACAGCCAACACUCGCCCUACUCUUGCACGAGCGACACCGUCAGAUGCAAGUGGGCAUAGCAGUGAUGUCCCGCUUACCAACAGCACGCACAAUUCGCGUCGUCCCUCCAUGGAAUCUGUCUUGACGGGUGUUUCGGAUUCUCGCAGGCCGAGCUUGACGAGUGUGGGUGGUGCAUCCCCUGUUCUCCAGCCACGUCAAGCGCCUACGUGUAAAAGUACUUUGGACGCCAUGUUGCAGAAGGAAAAGAUUGCCAAGGUGAUUGAACCGGUGUUGGAAGAGGACGAGGAUGAAGAUGCAGAUGAACUGGAUCCUGCCUCGCCGUUUGAGCUGGACUCUGACGAUGAUGGGUAUGUUGAGGAUGUUGAAUCUGACGAAGACCCAGAUGAGGAUGAAGAUGAGUUGGAUGAAGGCGAUGAGGAUGAUUUACUCCUCACAAAGCGCAACAGUGCCUGUGCUACGCCACGUCAAGCACCGCGUUUCGCACAACUUGACUUGGGUGGUGCUGCUGCAAUGGAGGAUAUGGAUGCACCCCUCAAAACACCCGUUUAUCGACCCGCUUGUCCAAGCGAAUCCGAUUUACCAGAUACGACUGAUUUCGCUCCGGGUACUUUAGAUGAAGAUCAACCUGCGUGCGUUGCAUUCGAUUGCGCUGUACGUGAUCGUGCAUUGGCUCGACGGAUCGCUACACCACAAGAUAUUGAUCCUACAUUCCCCGAUUCAGGGAGUGGUAGUGAUAGCGAAGCGGCAGUGGAUCGUGUGGAUGUUCAAGAAGCUGCAAAGUUGAAAGCUGCGCGUCGUGGCUUAGGUCGAUCGCCUGUGCCAACGACUACAGUGAUUGUUGAUGGUGUUGAAGGAACGGGCGCAAUGCCUGUUCGCUUGAAUUCACCACCACCUGCACGCAAGAGUGCUUGGGCAUUACGAGCACGCAGUCUUCCUGCUCGUCGACCAGUUGUGAGAAAGCAAACGUCUGCUAUGGGUGGUAAAGAAGGCAUGUAUGCACCGAAACCACAACGUGCCGUGACGAUCAAGCAAUCCAACGAGCAGCGCGCUCAACGACGCAGGGAUAAACGUGAGCUCAGGCAUCAAUUGCAAGGUGGACCGAAACCCGUCAAGAGCACAACUGCAGCUGCUCCAACGACGACUGCUGCAGGUGGUAUGGAGAGUGAGGUGAGUGAUCCUGUUGUUCGGGUGGAUGUAUCUGGACACGAAAAGAUGAAGGCGAUUGGAUGCAAGACUAGGAAACAAGCUGAGAACCCAUGCUUGAUCAGGCCUGUUAUGUCUAUUUAG